UUUCAAAAGUUGCAUUUGACAUAACUGGGUCAAGGGAGCGAAAAUCCAAAUAGGAAAUAGGAAAAGUAAAAUUAACCAGAUGCCUGAAGGAAUCAACAAUGGUUCCUCUCUCCAGAACCCCUCCAAUGAUUCAGGCGAAAUUAGAAUGAAAUUCAAUCAAAAUUGGUAUGCUUCCCCCUCCAAAGUUGCAUCUCACUUUGGAACAAGUGGUGUUGCUGUUGCUGCAGCCACCGGCAUCACACAUCCAUUAGAUGUACUCAAAGUUAGACUGCAGAUGCAACUUGUGGGACAAAGAGGUCCACUAAUUGGAAUGGGACAAACUUUUGUUGAAGUUGUUAAGAAAGAAGGAACUCGUUCCUUGUAUCUUGGUUUGACACCAGCAUUGACAAGGUCAGUUCUUUAUGGAGGUCUACGUUUAGGUUUGUAUGAACCUUGUAAAAAUUUCUGUGAACUGGCCUUUGAGUCCACUAACAUCUUCAUGAAGAUUGCAUCUGGAGCUGUUUCUGGUGCUUUUGCCACUUUGCUCACCAACCCCGUUGAAGUUCUAAAGGUGCGUUUGCAAAUGAACCCUAAUGCACGUAGAGGAGCAAUUAGUGAACUGCAGAAAAUUGUCAGAAAAGAGGGCAUAACAGCUCUCUGGAAGGGGGUGGGACCCGCUAUGGCCCGGGCAGGAGCUUUAACAGCAUCACAGCUGGCAACAUAUGAUGAAUUCAAGCGGGUCUUAAUAAAACGGACACCUCUUGAAGAAGGAUUCUAUCUUCAUCUCAUGUCGAGUACAGUAGCGGGUUUGGUGAGCACACUGAUAACUGCACCUAUGGACAUGGUUAAAACGCGUCUCAUGUUACAACGAGAAUCUAUGAGUGAUGGAGCUUACAAAAACGGGUUUCAUUGUACAUAUAAGGUUCUGAUCACAGAGGGACCUCGUGGACUCUACAAAGGGGGCUUUGCAAUUUUUGCUCGAUUAGGUCCACAAACAACAAUCACAUUUAUAUUGUGUGAGAAGCUGCGAGAGAUUGCUGGAUUAAAAGCAAUUUAGUCUCUAAGUCUAUGGUAAUUUCUUGCUUUUUCCUGCAUAUUUAUUUACAUUUUUCAAGUCGAAUGCUCAUGAUCACUAGAAAGUAGAAACCUGGUUGAGAAUAAAUUUGUAGUAUUUUAGACGAAAUUUUUAGGGUUAUCUCUAUGAAGUAUGGAGCUAAGCCGAGUCUAUUCUUUUGGAUCAUACUCUCAUUCAUGAAAUUGUAUCAAUGUAGUAAGAAAUAAUUUGGUUUGUAUUGUGUAGUUUUACUAGAUUGAAUGUUGUAAAUUGUUUUAAUUUGAUUUUAGGUUCUCUCUAUAAAUUGCUUUCCAAAUUCCAAAUUUUCAUCGCUUCAGUUUCAACUAUUUUAUGUUAUUGGUUGAAU